ACCGCAUAAAUGUAGAAAUCAAUACUAGAACGCCUCCAAAGUCGUUUUUUUUAUUUGGCUAUCAGUCGCUGACCAUUCAUUGCUCUGUGUCCAACCCAUUGUACUGUCUUUUGACUUCGAACGAUCGAUGGAGAGAGAAAAAGAAGAUACUCAUCACAACGAAGGACCAGACUGCAAAGGGACGUAGAAUCAUGCCAUACUUCAAGAAGCAAAAGAAGAUAUUUUUUGGAUGAUUGAAUGAUAAAAAGACGCGACGUAAAUAUCAUGACUUGAAGGAGACAGAGUGUACCUUACCCGAAAAGGUAAAUACUGAUUGUGGAAACAGAAUACACAAAGAACAGUUAUCCGCGUCAAGAAGCCGAUCUCAAGGAGAUAACAACCAGUGUAAGGAACGUGUUAGCCUGAGAUUUGAAGGGGUUGUAUGCAGACACUAAUUAGUGGAGACAUCUAAAAAAUAAAUAUUUGUUUUACAUUCAAUUCGAAUGACGAGAAAAUAACACCAAAGGUGAUAAAAUAGGCCUACGUGAAAGAUUGCAUGCAUGGUUGGAGUUUCGCCUUGUGAACUAGUUCUUGGACAAGACACUAAGCAUGGGUUUUAACAUCAAGUUCGUGGUUGGUCCUGUGUCUAGGGAUCUGAUAUGUCCCUUGUGUCGAGGAGUUCUGGUAGAUCCGAUGAUGAUGCAUCCUUGUCAACACACCGUCUGUUCUUCCUGCCUCAAAGCGCUCAGACCUGUCCCUAAACUCCUGAAGUCGUGUCCAUUCUGCAGGAGCCCGCUCUUUGAUGAACCAUCCUUGGCCCCAGGGAACCUCAUCGGUCGUCUGUUGAAACUCAUCGUCAAGUGCCACCGGGAAUGCGGCCAUCGGUGCGAACUCAGCGCCCUUCCCGAUCACGUCCUCAACGAAUGCAAGUUCGGGACGGUCGACUGCCUGAACAAGGUCAGAGGUUGCCAUAAAGAGAUGACGCGCAAGAAGCUGGACGCGCACGUCGCCGAGUGCGAUUUUAGAUUGGUGACCUGCGAGGGAUGCAACGCGGAGAUGGUGUAUUCGCGGCUCCCAAUGCAUCAAAAGCGGCGACGCUGCGUCGAGGGAAAGCUGAUGACGCAGCGCGCUCGGAGCGCGGCGACUGCCUUGAAGCAGGUACGUGAACAUCAAGAACAGGUGAGAAAAGAAGCCAUUACCCUCGAAGGGCAGUUGACGAGACUCCGCUCCAGCAAACUCGAGGCGAGAAGUAGACUGAGGUCGGCACCACCCCGAAUAUCACUUCUCUCCGAGGCCCCAUCGUCCAAGUCAAGACCGAAUUCAUCCCGUAGUUCGAUCAGUACAAUAUCUCUAUCAUCAUCAUCAACAUCAAACAAAAGCCCGAGAUCCCGUAGCCCCAAAGUUAACGUUUUCAUUACUGAUACAACAUCAUUUGAUGUGAUUCCUCUCGACCUUAAAAACACGACAUCGACAACUUCCUCGUCAUCAUCUCUUUCCUCUCUUCGGCAAGCAUCAUCAGAACACGAACAUGACCUGAACGAACCAAUGGACGCUGCUUCGGAGAGUAUCGGAGAUCAUCGGGAGCCCAUUUCUUCAUUAAGCGUGGUCCGUCACCAAAGCAACCGUUCAGAGAAGACAGAACUGUGCAAGAGAUGUGAAAAGUCGUUCAAUCCCGCCAAGAAUAACGAUAGGGCAUGCAGAUGGCACAGAGGACAGAUCGUGAACUUAUUUGUGAGUAUCAUGGUUUAUUUCACUUUAUAAUCAUCCGUUUUUAUAUCUAUGAGCAAGAUUGCCAGAAAGGAAAGACGAAGAAAGAAAGAUUGAAUGAAAGAAAAAUUGAAUAGAUCUUUAAAAUGUACAUAAGAUCAAGACAGCAGUGCAAGCAAGCAUUUUUUUCUUCAAUUUGUAAAUUAUGAAGACAAUAUUGAUCAUUGCAGCACAGUUUGGAUUUCAUGGAUAUGGCCAUAUGUGAUAAGUUGUACUGUUUUUUUAACAAGCUGUUUUGAAUUUGCCAAUUUUAGGUCACCAAAGAAUGAAUAUCCCUUCAAAGCGAAAUCAAAAAUAUUUUGAUAAUGUAAAAAAUGCGACGUCAUAAAUAUUGUGAAUAUUGUUCCAUUUUGAGCAAACUUGGGAUCUCUUGAGUAUAAUCGUAAACAUUAUGUAAUCAACAUUGCCUUCAUUGAUUAUUGUUUGUUUUCCUUUUCUUUGGUCUAUUCUACGGAUGGAUGCAGGGGGUAAGUAAAGACGCUGCAAGACAAUCAAUAUACAUAGAUGUGAUUUUCAUGAACUAUAAAGUUCCAGUUUCAAACACAAACCGACUCGUUUAUUCUACCCGUUUCGAAUCGUUAUGAAAAAUAUUGUGUGGUUAUAGACACUUUAAGAAGAGAUACUACUUUAAUAUUAUUGCUUAUUUAGAUACGUUUUGAUGAAAAGAAAGCUGAAUUGAAAAGCUAACUCAAAUGAGCAUUAUUUAAUUAAACAUGAGUUGUUCUAUUAACUGUCAGGAUAGGAUAAUGACAAUAUAAAUAUGAAAUGGUGAGUCUAUAUGACUGUGUACAUUUUUGUAGCAAAAUACAUUUAAAUAUACUAUAUGGUACGAAACAUUUCUUUCCAAUUGGAUAGUGUAAAAUUUUCUAGUGAAUGAUUACUUUUCAUUUCAGGUAACAAAUAAUCUUUUUCGCUAACUUAACAAAAAUUCAUUUUCUUUCUUUCUUCAUAUUCUCUGGAUUCAAUAACCUCUCGAAUAGGGGACGUGCAUGAUAUGCGGACAGCUGAAUUUCAAGAGAGGGUGCGUCACAGGAUAUCAUCUUAUUUCAUCAUAGCUAGAGUCCGGAGAAUCUUCGAUUUGGAUGCAUAUGAACACAAUAUUGGUAUAAGGGCGUGGCGACAGAAGCGUAAGAGGGGUGUGACAUCCACAUUCCAAAUUUCAUCAGCAAACAUCAAUUUAGCCAGCCUUCAGCAAUAAUAUUAUUUUAAACGGUCCAAAAAUUAAUGUUCUACAAGCUUAGUCAGCAAAUUUGGUCCAUCUAACGUGGCAGAAGUGGGUAUUUUUGUUGUUGUUGUUGUUGUUAACUUCUCUAUGAUGAAAUUGCCUGUAUUUCAGCCUUGUUGAAAACAAUGUCAAAAUGCUAUUUUCUGUAGGAUUUGAAUGAUGAAAUCAGAAUCUUUUGAUUGGGGCGAGUGAAAUACUUGCUCCAUUUGGACUUUCACCCCUUUCCAACUGGUAACAUAGAACCCUAAAUUGAGCUACAUUUUGCUUAGUUUAGUAGUUGAACAGCACCAUACAAUAAUGUACUGAAUAUGUCCCUGAAGGCAUACCGAUUAAGGUGUUUAAUUUACUCAGUUUCACUGGAUAUAGGAAACUCUUAUAAAAAUUGAAAUUUGUCAAUAAUGAACAUAAUGCUGCAUUUUGUAAGUACCUAAACAUUUUCUAUAUUUAAUCAUUUAUUUAUUUAAUUGGUGUGGAUUUAAAAAAAAAACUGUGUGGUUGCUGGUGUAAUAUGAAACGCAAGUUUGGUUUCUUUAUUCAAUAUUAUAAUUACAAUAACUUUGAAACAAUCAUCUCACAGGCAAUUUUAUUACCUUGUUGUAUUCAUACAGAAAUUGUCUUCAAGUUAUUAAAGCCUAUUGCACUAAUAGCACAUUUCAUAAGUGAUUCUAAAGAGCUAUUGAACCUUGUCACUGGCUGACUCUCAGGAAAUUUUCAUGUUAUGAUAUCAAAAUUCAAAUGAUGAGCAAACUGACAAUGUAUUAUGGGGCCUAUUGGGUAUGUGCAGUCAAAUCCAUCUCUAAUAAUCAAACCCAGUUUGAAUUUCAGUCAACCAGAAUUACAUGACUUGCAUUGAUUUAGUUUUAUUAUAUUUUUGCACUGUGAUGUCGUGAUCGAUCAAAAGUUGUGUGGAAGAGGCCCCCCCUCCUCAAAUUGGUAUUGGUAUAAUCAUUUUGAAUGACAAGAGUUAUGAAAACAAACCAACAACCAUAAAAGAUAAAUAUUCUUGAUACAUGGAUUACUAAUAAAAUGUUUAAGUUUAUUGCAUACAUCUAUCCAUCAUUUCAAUAUGAAGUAUAAAAAAACAAAUAUGAAUGCAUUUCUUU